CUCCUUCACAUCCCUUUCCCAUCGUCGAAGUCCGUAAUUCACUAUAAACAGUCUCUUUGAGACGCUUUCCCUAUUUCCGUAUCCGUCUUCGAUUGUCUUUGCAAUGGCGCCCAAGGCCGAGAAGAAACCCGCCGAGAAGAAGCCCGUCGCGGAGAAGGCUCCAGCCGCCGCCGAGAAGAGGCCUAAAGCCGAGAAGAAGAUCGCCAAAGAGAGCGGCGAUAGAAAGAAGAAGAAGAUCAAGAAGAGCACUGAAACCUACAAGAUCUACAUUUUCAAGGUCCUCAAACAGGUUCACCCUGAUAUCGGAAUCUCUAGCAAGGCCAUGGGCAUCAUGAACAGUUUUAUCAACGAUAUUUUCGAGAAGUUGGCCCAGGAAGCGUCUCGUCUCGCGAGAUACAACAAAAAACCGACUAUUACGUCUCGGGAGAUCCAGACCGCUGUGAGAUUGGUCUUGCCUGGAGAGCUGGCCAAACAUGCCGUCUCAGAGGGGACCAAGGCCGUGACGAAAUUUACCAGUUCUUAAUCUUGUUUAGGUUUAUGGGUAUUUGAUAUUUUAAGAUUAUUUUUUUUCUAAUGCUUUGCAUAUGUAAUGCUCUUCAUGGACAGAUGAAUGAAAAUUUCAGUUUUCAAAAA